AUGGCCACCGCUCCCUUGUCCCUGCAUGGCCUGCCUUCCCCCACCGCCACCAAGCUCUCCUCCUCCUUUCUCGGCUCCCCUGCCUCCUCUUUCCUCCGGCCGCCGCCUCUCGCCGCCACCGCCACCCCGUCACGGAGGACGCUCGCCGUCAGGGCCAUGGCACCACCCAAGCCCGGCGGCAAGCCCAAGAAAGUGGUAGGCCUCAUAAAGCUGGCGCUGGAGGCCGGGAAAGCCACGCCGGCGCCGCCGGUCGGCCCCGCGCUCGGUGCCAAGGGUGUGAACAUCAUGGCCUUCUGCAAGGAGUACAAUGCCAAGACGGCCGAGAAGGCCGGCUACAUCAUCCCCGUUGAGAUCACCGUGUUCGAUGAUAAGAGUUUCACCUUUAUAUUGAAGACCCCUCCUGCCUCAGUCCUGCUACUCAAGGCAGCAGGUAUCGACAAAGGUUCAAAAGAACCACAGCGAGAAAAGGUUGGAAAAGUAACAGCAGAUCAAGUACGUGCAAUAGCUCAAGAAAAGUUGCCGGAUUUGAACUGCAAGAACAUUGACUCGGCCAUGAGAAUUAUAGCGGGCACUGCUGCUAAUAUGGGAAUCGAGGUUGACCCUCCGAUACUUGAGAAGAAGGAAAAGGUGCUCUUGUAG